AUGAACAUUAUGCUUAUUGAGCUCGUCGUUUAAGCUAAGUCUAUCAGUUUUUCAUAUAGUAUAAUGAAAGACUGUCACCAAAAAUCAAUUUUAGUUAGUUUGAUGUUUGCCCAUGGGUACCGGCGCAUCUAGCCACACAGUCAGUAAAGGCGAGCCUCAAAUGUCGCAAACUCCUAACAAAACUUCCAACAUAAGUGAAGCAAAGAACAUCUUGGCUUCAGGCACACAGUCUGAGGAAAAGGCAAAUUACGUGGAAAUGAAUGCACCAUCAAAUUUAACUGAGGCAGACAGGAAUACAGAUGAAUUAAAAAGACAUCUUUCAGAAGGAAGUCUUGCGCGCAAAGAAGUUGUGACUUGUUGUGUGGAACUUCUGAAGUUUUCCUUCACUAUAGACGAGACUGAAGAAAUUCAAGCAACGUCUGAAGAGUUUGUGCUGAAGAAAGACAUCCCUCACGUCGUAUUCGAAAUUUACACCAGUCUGUUAACGAAUUAUCCAACUUUGGUGAGCUUUGACCGAGAGAAAGAUGAAGAAACUGAAUAUGAUACAAAAGUUCCAGAGGAACUAAGACGUGCUCAAGAUGUUCUUAAUUUAUUGGCUGGUUUCACUGUGAAUUUAACUUCUUGCCCUAAGCUGGCAAUAGAAUUUGGUAAAACAGGGCUUAUUCCAGUCUUUCUGGGGAUGACAGAAGCUCUAAAGGAUUGUAUACCAGACAUUAUUCCAUUUGAGGAUCCAGAAACAAAAACAAUAUCAAAGUGGACAGCUAGAGGUAGAACACUAUCAAGACUUCUUGGGUCUCUUGUCAAUAUGGCGAUUCAGGUCUCAAACAGGAUAGUCUUUUUGGAUAGCAAUGGGAUACAACAUUUACUACCUUUCCUUCAAUCCCCUGUGACUGCAUUUUAUAUCAAGAGUUUAUUUUGCCUUGCGUACCUUGUUGAAGAAGAAGAUAAUGGAGUAGUAAUGGCAGAUGCUGAACCAAUCAAAUUUAUAAUUCACAUGUUGGACAAGGCCAUCAAGUCAAGUACACGGGGAUAUCUGGGUUUCUCUGCCAGUGCAAUAGCUGAUGGUAUUAGUAAACUUGCUGUCAAUGAAAAUAACAGUAAACAGUUUGGAUUUAAUGGGGCAAUUCCAGCCAUUUUUAACAUGCUCACGACUUCCAAAGGAGAUUCAGAUGAGAGGCUUGGAGGGACUACUGCCUUGUGGAUGUUGUCAUUUGAUGCCAUCAACAGGGCACUCAUUAAAGCUUUCACAUCAGCCACUGACACACUACAAAGGUUUGCUCAGGAUUCUGAUGAAAAAGUUGCAAAAGCCUCCCAAGGUGUUCUUUGGGAAAUUGAAACAGAAAACAGAGAUCUUACAAGAUCAGUUACUACAGAUUCUCAGCACAUAAUGAUAAGUUAUCAGUGGGAUUGUCAAGAAAUCAUACUUCGUGUGAAGGAUGAACUGAGAUCUGCAGGAUUUAAUGUGUGGAUCGAUGUUGAGAAAAUUGAAGGAUCUACGUUGCAAAGCAUGGCAUCUGCCGUGGAGAACUGCGCAGUGUUCGUAAUGGCUGUAUCGCGGAAGUAUUUUGAGAGCCCGAAUUGUCGUUCUGAAGCAGAAUAUGCGUAUCAGUUACGAAAGCAAAUCAUCCCAUUGAUGAUGGAACGUCGGUUUCAACCCAGAGGCUGGCUUGGCAUAAUAAUGGGCACCAAGCUGUGGAUGGACUUUAGGGAGGAUGGAAAUCUUGAAGCAGGAACUAGCCAACUGAUAAAAGAACUUGGCCAGACAGUGAAAUCCCAAGGGAGUGGAAAAGAGAAAUCAAAGGAGGGCGAUCUCAAGAAGACACUUCUGUCUUACAAGAAGAACCACCGAAAUGUUUAUGUGUAUCUCUCUGAAAGCGAGAAACUUAUAAGAGGCCUGCGCUCUCAUCUGGCAUCUGGUCAGUUAGCUUCAAAUGAAGCGUUUUGGAAAGCAGACGGCUUCGUUGGACUCUAUGGGAAGAUACCUGACCCAGCAAGUAGGCACUUGCUGGUGAACUUCUUGGUUGAUGUAGAUUUACCAGAGCUUUUGACUGAGGUAAUAAGAAUUCUUCGGAGGCGUGUAUAUCUUGAAGAGCGUUCGGCAGCUAGGGGAAAACGGGUUUUGUCUGCGGAGAAAGAUGUGAAGGUAACGAGAAAGAAAAAGGCAAGCUCAAUGAAGGCGGGAUUUAGAGAUGAGGUUCCAUCUGAGGAACAUUCAGAUGCUAAAUGGGCCAUCGAAGUAAUGCUAUCGAUGUCAGCUGCCAUUCUGAACUUUACUGAUUUCCACGAUGCCUUUUGCGAGGCGUGUGGAAAUGCAGGGCUGAUCAGGGAAUAUUUGGAGUUGUUAGAACAACUGAAGAAGUGUACGCCAGAGUUUGAAGAUCAAACGACUCCUCUAACCGAUGCUGAAGACAAAGACACCAACUUCUCAAGAAAAGGAAGCUUGAUAUUUGAAGUUCUGGGAGUGCUUCACAAUCUUUCCAAACGAAUCAGCCUCAAGAAACAUUUUGAUAAUGGUAAUGCCGUGGAGACGCUGUUAAGCUUUUUCAGAACAAAGUUCCCUGUUUACAGAAUGACUUCUCUUCUAACGCUGGCUUACCUGGUUGACGAGAAAAACAACCACUUGAUAAUGGCUAGUGAAGAACCCAUCAAAGAUAUACUGAAGUUGCUGGACAAAGCGAGUCACUCCGCUAACCGACGCAGUCUAGGAUUCUCGGCGGCAGAAAUAGCUUAUGGACUGAUGCACGUGGCUACCAAUGAUGGAAACAAGAGGAUGAUCGGCCUGCACGGAGGUAUUCCCAUGCUGGUCUUCAUGUUGAAAGGUUCCAAGGAACACGAGGACGAGAAAGUGGCAGCAGCCAAAGCGCUGUACAUGUUAUCGUUCGACGAGACCAACAAAGAAGUAAUUAGAAGUGACAGCGACACUAUGUCAUCGCUGCAAAGUCUGCAGAAUUCAGAUAACAAGGAAAUACUGCAAGCGGUGUCUGGUAUAAUAUGGGAAAUACACGGCAAGAUAGGACACUCCGAAAACUCAGAUUCUGAAGAGCAUGUCAUGAUAAGCUACCAGUGGGAUACACAGCAAACUAUGCUUCGUGUGAAACACGAGCUCGAAACUCGAGGAUUUCCUGUAUGGAUGGACGUGGAGCAGAUGGAAGGGUCCAUUUUGGAAACAAUGGCUCGAGCUGUGGAGAAAUCGUCUGUCUUAGUCUUGGCAAUGUCACGAAAGUACCAAAACAGUCCCAACUGUAGAUCAGAGGCCGAAUACGCUUACCAAAGAAGAAAGCGCAUAAUUCCACUGAUGAUGGAAUCUGGAUAUAACCCUGACGGCUGGCUGGGGAUUAUUCUGGGCGCUAAGCUAUGGAUGGACUUCAGGAAGGAGCCGAACGUUGGAAUUCAGCAGCUUAUGAAAGAAAUUUCUAAAGGAAAAACUGCUGCCUCCCAAAGUGAAUUAUUAGGAAGCGCUCCUAUAAAGGCAAGCGAAAACGAGAAGGUUUUACAAUGGAAGAAAGAAGAUGUCGCCAAAUGGUUACAGGGUAUUGGAUUUCCAAUAGAUGACAUCAGUGUCAGAGGAAAGCUAGACGGUCCCUUGUUGCACAUGCUCAAUGAAUUGCGAAAAGAGAGCCCUGAAUUCUUUUACAGCUCCGUGAAAAUAGACCUAUGUCUCCCGACCAUAAUCGAAGUUCUUCAGUUCACCAAAGAGUUAAAAGAACUAUUUGGGUAAAUCAAUGCAGUGAGCCUCAGCGUGACCUUCUGAUGCAGGAUAGUAUGGUCUACAUGUAUGAACUAAUUUGACGUGAGCGAGUCACUUCGUCUAACCGGGGCACAAGCUGCGUGCGUCAGACGCCACCCACCUUUCUACGCGCCGUGGAUCAAUACGGAGCUGUAAAGGUAGCGACACCGGGGGAUGGCAACAAUCUCCCCUGCAGCAGGGUGAUCAUCGUGGCUACCCAGCCCCAGCCUACCUUUGGGCGCCUGUCACACACUACUGACAAACUAGUGUGGAAUGAGUACUUAUCCAAACGUGGGGGGAAGAGAAGAGAACAAUGCAAGCAGAUAGCGUGUCGCAAUGCCCUCGCAAACCUCCCUGAAGUCCUCAUAUUAUAAUGGCGAGAGCGCUCCAUUGACUUGGUUUUAACCUUGCCCAAAUUGAUAUAGCCUCAUUAAAAUUUCAAACGAAGCUGGCCACCCUCCCCUGUGUUUAAAGGCUUCGCAUCUCAUCUGGCAUAGCAAACGAUGUUACAGAUAUUUAACGGUUUCGGAUCCCAACAAAGCUUUGUUAUAUCUACUUUGCUUGCUAUUACGGUAUGAGACGAUCAUUUCCUUCUCCAAACUGUAAGUGUUUUUCCUCUUGGAAGGGAAGUGCAGUCAAGUCGUUUUUUUCGAACAUGUACCCAGGGUAACGAAACCGACGUGAUCCAGAAUAAUGUUGCAAAGGAGAAUCAUUUACCCUUGGCACAACCGUUUGAUUCUACCGUCUUUGCUUAUUUCGUUAUACAUCUGUUUACACUUUGAGAGCUAUCGUGAUCGGCACCAAGUUAAAUUAUACUUUUUCUUACAUUAACAAGGGGAAGUGAAGGCGGUACUGACAAUACCAUUUUAAAUGUACAGUUGAGUGUGGCUUUAUAAAUUAUUAAGGAUGACUGCUAGAUCAUGUUUACAAGUAUACAGUAUGAUUUAUGGGAUUAUCCCUUGAUGUUAAAGCUAUUGGACUUCUGUUGUUCAAAAAAUUUGAACGGAUACAUACGCAGGAUGCACGCAAAGUGAUCCAGAAAAAGAAAUUACAGAAACGAAGAAAAAACCCAAGCUAAGAAAGGAAACAAGAAACAAACAUAACAAAGCAAAAAGAACAGGGAAAGUAAGGUGAUGGAAGUGUCUCUCCAGAUUUGAAAAAUAGAAUGGCUGGUCAUACCGGUGAAGGG